AUGUCAGCCAGAAAGGGCUAUCUGCUCCCUUCGCCAAAUUAUCCCACAACAAUGUCAUGCUCGGAGAGCCCCGCCGCGAACUCUUUUUUGGUGGACUCGCUCAUCAGCUCGGGCAGAGGCGAAGCGGGAGGUGGUGGAGGUGGCGCUGGGGGCGGCGGCGGCAGUGGUUACUACGCCCACGGCGGGGUCUACCUGCCGCCUGCCACCGACCUGCCCUACGGGCUGCAGAGCUGCGGGCUCUUCCCCGCACUGGGCGGCAAGCGCAAUGAGCCGGCUUCGCCUGGCGGUGGUGGCGGUAGCGGGGCCCUGGGCCCCGGAGCGCACGGCUAUGCGCCGGCGCCCAUAGACCUGUGGCUAGAUGCACCCCGGUCCUGCCGGAUGGAGCCGCCUGAGGGGCCGCCGUCGCAGCAGCAGCAGCAGCCACCUCAGCAGCAGCCGCCGCCCCCGCCACAACCACCCCAGGCCCCACCACAGGCCACCUCGUGCUCUUUCGCCCAGAACAUCAAAGAAGAGAGCUCCUACUGCCUCUACGACUCGGCGGACAAAUGCCCCAAAAGCUCAGCGGCCACCACCGAUCUGGCCCCCUUCCCGCGGGGCCCGCCGCCCGACGGCUGCGCCCUAGGAGCCUCCAGUGGAGUGCCAGUGCCCGGCUACUUCCGCCUCUCUCAGGCCUACGGCACGGCCAAGGGCUACGGCAGCAGCGGCAGCGGCGGUGGCGUGCAGCAGCUCGGCGCCAGUCCAUUCCCGGCGCAGCCCCCGGGGCGCGGUUUCGACCCGCCACCGGCACUCGCCUCUGGCUCGGCCGAUGCCGCCCGGAAGGAGCGAGCCCUCGAUUCUCCGCCGCCCGCAACGCUAGUUUGCGGCGGCGGCGGUGGGGGCUCGCAGGGCGACGAGGAGGCGCACGCCUCAUCCUCCGCCGCGGAGGAGCUCUCCCCGGCCCCUUCCGAGAGCAGCAAAGCCUCGCCCGAGAAGGACUCCCUGGGCAAUUCCAAAGGCGAAAACGCAGCCAACUGGCUCACUGCAAAGAGCGGCCGGAAGAAGCGCUGCCCGUACACCAAGCACCAGACUCUGGAGCUGGAGAAAGAGUUUCUGUUCAACAUGUACCUUACUCGAGAGCGGCGCCUAGAGAUCAGCCGCAGCGUCCACCUCACGGACAGACAAGUGAAAAUCUGGUUUCAGAACCGCAGGAUGAAACUGAAGAAAAUGAACCGAGAAAAUCGGAUCCGGGAGCUCACAGCCAACUUUAAUUUUUCCUGA